CAUGACGGAAUAGAACAGUUCUCGAGCGGUUGUUGGAGUGAAAGAAGUUGUAUUCUACUAUGAUGUUGUUUGUCCAUUCGCCUUUAUGGCAAGUAAGCUGAUAGAGGGUGUUGCUCGUCGAACUGGAGCAAAAAUUCGGUGGAAACCGGUUCUUCUAGGUAAAGUAUGUAACACUAAUCACAUGAAUGUUGACGAGGCAAAUUUGAUUUGUUUAUGUGAUUGGCGUAAUAACCGAUAGAAGUAAUUUAUUAAAAAAACGUGUAUGUUAUCCCCAAACUUUAACAAAGAAUUGGAGAACAAAACAAAACAACAAAAAAGAAGAACCCCGUCUUUGAGUGUCAGUCAAAACUCUGAUUUGCACAGAAGCCCCAGAUUUAGUAAUAGUCAAUUUGAUUUUUGACCAACUUGUUUGCAUACCAUUCUCAGCACAAGCAGAUGACUUAAUUUUUUUGUAGGUUUUAUUUUUACCUUUCAUUGAAGCAGGGCUUCUUGGGAGUCUUCUCCUCUUGUUCCUCUGCAAUAAUCUCAACCAAGAAAUAACGUACUUCACAAGAAAGGGACAGUGUCCGGAUUAUGCGCAUGCGUGAGCGUCAUCUGUUUUUUUCUUCAAAAGACAAUAGAACUGUCUUAUCGACUAGAGAAGAUUUCCUUCCGGACUGCACCGCCGAUAGUGAUUUGUUGUUUACAUUCUCACGUAAUAUUUUAGACUUUCAAAGAAGUCUUUUGUUUUAUUUAAAAUUUGGUUCGCGGUACGAAAACAUAUUGCGAUUUUAUUGCUAGCGGGGCUGCCUCGUGACCCAAAAGUCUUGUUCCGCUCGCUUUAAGAACAGCUUUUCUAAUGUUAAACUCACGUCAGUGGUCAAUUGUUCCCAUUGCAGUAAUAUUUGCCUGAUUUGCUCAUGUUCUAGCCUCAAACAUUUGAAAGACAUAAAGAAAAAUGCGAUCUCAACGCUAUCCAUCAUCGCAAAGGUUAAUUAUGAUUUCAUGGCGCUAGUUUUUCUAAACAUGUAGCGCCUCUUUGUUUGAUUUUGUCGGCCGUAGGGAGGUUCAUUUAAAAGUUUACCAACGCGUUGUUGCAAAAGAUUCUGCUUUACGAAGCUUAAUUGCACAAGAUCUCCUCAGCCACAUCAAUGUCUCAAUGGUUUCUUUCUUACAGUCUUUAUUGUUGCUGUUUCAUUUCUCCUUAUUCCUUUCACAAUUAUCUGAGCUUGUAUGGAAGCUAGCAGAAGAAAUAAGCCUUCAAUCGGCAUCAAAGCGCUUCCCAUCUUUUCGUCUCCUCCGGCCAAUGGCAAUAAAAGUAAUGCCAAAAAAUCCUGAUUUCGCCCAAAUCAAAACUUAACAGGAACAAUAUAUCAUUGAUCUGUAAUCCUGAGCAGUUUUAGUGUAGUAUUGAACUCAGCCAAGCACAAUGCAAACAUAUUUUUCAAGGUUCUCUUACUCUCCUAACAUCUUUUGAUUUCAAGACAUCCUGUCCAAAAAUCAAAGUUUGGUGCAUGCGCAGUAACAGGAUACUGUUCCUUUAAUUUUGACAGUUUCCUUGCCUCCUUUCCUAGUGCAAGAGCACUUCAAACAACUCCCCACCCCUGGGUCCUAAGGGCCUGACUUUUCCUGGGGGUUGCCUUGGGAGGGCAAAGGGGGUGGUAGCCAGUAAAAUUUAACCGUGCAUUAUGCUUUGGAAAAAUCAUUCACAGCCCCUGAAAUUUCUAAUGUUAUUGAUUUGUAAAUCUGAUAACAAUAAGUAUUCUAAGCAAAAAAAGCCUGGACAGUUUGUUGCACAACGAGUGUUCUGACCAAGUGGAUGAAUAAUAGACCUGUUGUCAGUGUAAUUUUCUUGUGUAGAGCAACAAUACUUUACCUAGCUGUUGACAGCGGUUUUUGGUGUUAUAUACAUUUCUUUUUCUUAUUUUCUGAUAUUUAAAGGUGGCCUGUGCAAAGAAACAGAGGCAUCCCAGGGUGCUGCAGGAUCUACAUAUGAUGAUAUAUGUGCCUCUAAAAUGAAGACAUUAUCUGAUGGUAAGAAUUUACAAGCCUCAAAAUAUUUGUGAGCAUGCUUGUUACCAUUUUUUGUAAUAUAUACUGUGUAUACAGUUACAGUUAAUUGGGAACCAAAUAUAAUUCAACACAACUACAUGUAAGGAAAUGAACAGAUACAGUCAAACCUCUAUUAAGCGGUCCCCCUGGGAAAUUAGCCAGCUGACCUCUUAAGAGAGGUUUUCUAAAAAUAUUAAGCCCAUAAUCUGGCAGAAAUUGACAUAGAGGGCAAAAUUCAUCACUCUUUACAAUAUUAUUUAUUGUUCAUACAACAACCGUAACAGGAAAUAUGAUAAAAGUAUCUGGAUGUUCUGAGAAGUUCACACCUAAACAACAAACUUAUUUUUACAGUAAUGUCAUUUGUAGGGCAAGCAUCUUUUCAAUCAAGCACAUCAGCAAUUUUAAAACCUUUUUCAACAUGGAGAGAGAGAUGUGUAUUUAAUACUGGGGUUACAAUGUUAUGUUGCAUCUGAUCAAUUGUGAAAGAAACUGGAAUUACUUCGGUUAUCUUCAUGUUAAAAGAUAUGGCAAUUAUUAAUUGUUCUGUAACAAGGUGACAGUUUAACAGAGGUAACUUAUUACAGUGAAUUAGCCAUUUGGGAAAUCCAAACAGUGACCACGUCCUCUUAAUAGAGGUGACUGUUCAAUUGAGGCCAAAUUUACAGUAAAUAUGAGAAGCAGAUUUUGGAAAAUUGAUAGGUGAAUGCUUAAUAGAGGGUGACUGCUUAAUAGAGGUUUGACUGUAUGUGGUUCAGCCAGGGAUUGAACUGGGGUCUCUAAAUAGGUCCAGCUAUCCUGGACAAAAGUUCUUGGGACAGUGUUGCAGUAUUUUCUUUAAUUUCUUGGUGCCCUCAAAAAACCGUGCAACUUUUUCAAAAAUGUCUGGCAGGUCUCCCUCCACCCUACCUUAAAUCCAACCUUGUUUGUGGAAUGGGGGAAGGGGUUGGGCAUGUGUGAUUUCAAGGAAGCCCAACAAAUGCAAAUUUGUUCCAAGAUUUUGUCCAAUUGAUUGUAGUUUAGAUGCUGGUAAGACCACUCAACCACUGAACUAACCGCGCCUGGAACAUUAUUGCGGUUCAUGGACCUUUAAGUAGCCAGGUCUGGGGGUAUCAACACGUAUUUCUGUACUGACAAUCACUUCUCUCAGUGCGACUUUCUCACCAGCGCGGCGGUUUUGUACCACGCGAAUGGCUAGCAGCAAAGUGCCUAUUGAACUCAUAGUAGAUGGCGAAAGAAGAAGCCAUUAUUGGCUAUUAACUUACAAAACAUGGAUGUGUCUCUUAAACCUCGGAAAGUUGCAGAGAUUAAAAGAAAAGUUUAAGUGACACAGUGUUUCUUUUACAGUGCCUCGGAGUUCAUUCGCAAGCUUCAUAAGCUUCACCGCGACAUUAACCAGACAACUGCUUUGAUCCAAGAACCUUCACCGGAAAACAUGAUCAACAUGCCCCGCCUGCGGGUAGCAAUGGACUUGUGCAUCGAACAACUUCCCACACUGCUAAAAAUAGAACAGGACGGGGCUGUUUCUGUCACUCAACUUCUCCCACGUGUGCUUUCUCAACUGCGUGCCUUGUCGGUUUAUUCCAAGACUUGCAGCUCUGUUGGAGCGGAGGAACGAAUUUCCGAAUCCAUGGGUUAUGUCUUGCAAAAGGUACAUAUAUUAUUAAUAAUGGUAAUAGGACUGAGUGGAGUCGUUCCAAUCCGGUCUGUAAUCAUAUGAGUGACUGUGGGAGUCCAAUUUGUGUGACACGAAAUUCUGUUACCAAUUGAUCAUAAUUAUAACAAAACUUGUAAUAUUUUAUGAUAAGCUUUUUUAAAAUUAAAACAAAAUAUUCCGAGAGUUUUUAGCUAGCGGUGAAAUAAAAAAUUCAAGUGCGCCCGCGCGAUGGUGCGUACUGUCCAAUUACUUAUGCAGGACGCGUACUGUCCUAAUAUUACACUGUCCUAUUAGUACAGGUAAUCACAUGAUUUCGAGUGCAGUUUGGAAUAAGUAAGCACGAGUAAAUUUUUUCAAAGGCUAACAAAAUUGCACGAGCCAGUAGGGCGAGUGCAAUUGGUGGUCUUUGAAAAAUUUACAAGUGCUUGUUUAUUCCAAAUUUCACGAGAAAAAUCAUGUGGUUACCUAUUAAUAAUAUUUAUUAAAAAAUUGCGAGAUAGCUUUAAAAUCACUUUUACAGGGAGUCAACACGCGUAAACUACGUGCAAAAAUAAAUUAUUCAAAUUCUGCAAAUAUCAUCACACUUGCAGUCAAAACAACAUUUUGCUCGAUGUUUUUAUAGUUUGCAAGCUGCAGAAACGUGCUGAACUGUUCAUGGAAUUGUUCAAUGUGUUUGAAUUAAAGAUUCUGGGUUAUUACCUCGAGUCGUCCGUUAAAAAAGGGGCGACUGUAUUUCUUUUCUGUCUGCGUUGAUUUCAGGAAUGUCAGUGGUUCAACUGUCUACUCUAUUACAUCCGUCACUCCUUACAAGUACUGGAGCAUUGUGUCCUUGGCGGCUCACCUGCAAUUCCGCCCUCCCUUGAGUCCGUUGUUGACUCACUCCAGUGUAACAUAGUCCCCACUGAUUGGCUACAUCCGGAUUCUCAGCCCUCCCCCCACAUUUUGACGUCCUGGCUGAAAGGUAAUGAUCGAUGGUGUUCGAAAUCAGAGUAGAUAAGAAGUAGAGCACUGUCCGAGCGAACCGUGAGAUACUGCACGGUGUACAACGAGUGAUAGUUUUAUGAGGUUUCCCCAUGGCAAAAGAUUUCGUUUAGCGGUGUUUUGCACAAUACAAAAGGGGUUAAAUCUUGGGUAUUGUUCUUCUUUAUUUUGUAUUUUAUCAGCUUGAUUGGGCACAGACCUACCCAAUGGGAAGAGGCUACAUAUCCUUUUCCACAAUCCACGGUAGACAGACACUGAGGGCGUUCACUGCCGGGAAUCCUAGCGGUUCCACGAAAGUCAGAUCAGAGAAGUGCUGUGACACAGUACGUACGGUGUUUAUACCCUACCAAAAAGACUAAAAUGUGAUGUGAACUAAGAUAAGAUAAGUAAAUGUGAACCAAAGGCAACUCAUUCUCCUCAGGUAUUUAAAGACCUGAGCGUUGGUCCCGCCAGCGAUUAGACGCGGGCAUUUUGCCCCGAAUUGUGGUACUCAACCAGUUGAUCUAAACAGUCGGCGGUUGUCUUUUUGAAACAGAUUUUAGUCGGCGGCACAAGCAGCUCAGUGACUGGGUUCGACGUGGAAUCGUUCCAAAUCCAAACUCUGAACCCCUCAUAGGACGGGGUCAGCUGACCUCUGUCUGGCUUGGUGGCCUGGCCAAUCCCGGAGCUCUGAUGACGUCACCCAGGCAUGAGAAAGCGGCCAUGGCGGGAUGUUCUGUGGGCGAGGUAGGAUUGAAGCAAGCUUAUAAAAUGUUGUUAAAAAUUGUAUUUCGUUAAUAAUUUGUGUGCAUACUUUGAUAUGCCGGAAGACUGAGCUAGCUAAGGGAUAGCUUUGCUUUACUUGAGGUUGCGUCAAGUGGAGGCUUGUUGUCCGAGCGGUUAACACCUCGAUCAGGAGGUCUGGGUUCAAGUUUAACCGUCGAGUUGUUUCCUUGGAGGAGAAUUUUGCUUUAUUGUCUCUCAUCAUCCUGGUGUAUGAACAGGUACCGGAAAUGUAUUGUUGAGAGCAAACAAAAAGUGGAAAGGCAAAGCUUACUUUACAGCUUAGAGUUCGUUAAAAGUUUUUAAUUCAGUCAAUAUUUCGUUAGGUACGGCCUGCCCGAAUGACUAACUGCGAGAAAGUUCAUCAAGGAAGAAAGGGAUGUAUGAUAACAAUGAGAUCUUUAAAAUUCGUACGUAACUCGUCGAGGUCUAUCAAUAGACGCCAAGUAUUGUAAACUGCGCAAAACAAAAAUUGGAAAGGAAAGAUUGAAAGCACAUCUGUACGGAAAUUUUCUUGGUUAUCACGAAAGUGUGUUCUCUUAUGAUUUCAGUGUUCCCGGCAUAGUUCAUUUUCCGUUAUUUGAGGUAACCUAGGAACCGUGCCUUUCUGGGGGAAGGUAUUGCAAUAAGCAAACCCCUCUCCACCUACGAAUUUGAAAGGUCUUUACUUCAUGUCAUUCUAUGUCAAAUUACAGGGAAAAGAAGUCCUUGAAAAGUCCUCGAUUUUUCCCCCCAAAAUUCUGUAUUAACCAUGGAAGUGGCAAGCCUGGAUACCUUGCUGGGCAUUCUUAGGCCUAAUAGACCUUUUUAACGAUACGGCGGCCAUAUUGAAUUAAGUCGAUUUAAGGAGUAUUAUAGGAUGCCCAGGGGGCAUGAGCACAUUUCGUUUGUAUUUUCGAGCGCUUUACGGGACAUUUUUUCGUAAAGUUUUCUUAGAAUAAGAUUGUAAUGGGAAAAAAGAUCCUUGUGCCGUGUUUGGAUGUAGUAAUGAUCGCCUUUUUCCCGCGAGAUAUACAGUGAAAGACCACAUUUCUAAUACUAAACUAGAAAAAGGCGAUCAUUAUUACAUCCAAACACGGCACAAGGAUCUUUUUUCCCAUUACAAUCUUAUCCUAAGAAAACUUUAAGAAAAAAUGUCCUGAAAAGCGCCUGAAAAUACAAACGAAAUGUGCUCAUGCCCCCUGGGCAUCCUAUAAUACUCCUUAAAUCGAAUUAAUUCAAUAUGGCCGCCGUAUCGGCAAAAAGGUCUAUUAACUUCGAAUCCCAGGGAGGAGGGGUACUGCUUAUGAUGGCCUAUAUAAGGAGGCUUUCCCCGAAAGCUAAGCGAUCCUCCUAACACUCUACCUUGGCUACCCACAGAUUAAGAGUUCAGUGAUUUCUCUUAAUCAAGUAAUAUAUAGAUUUAGCCAGGGCUAAAAGCGAAGCUCUGGUUAAUAAUACUUAUAAACAAAAAUAUAUAUAUAUUGUGUAAUGCUAAACGGAGACGGCAAUGAAAAUUCAAGUCUGAUAGAAAAUUCAAGUCUAAUAGAUCAAAUUAGCAAAAAAAAAAAAACAAAUUGCACGUGCCGCACACUUUUUCUUCUAAUUAGCAAAAAGCAAAUUUGCACCUGCAGCACGCUUUUUUGCAUUUGGGUUGCCAUACCUGUUUAUUGAGUUAUUUUAUAUUGGUAUGCCUGUGGUGCGAGCGAACGGUCGCUGGCUCGCUCGCUCGGUGUACGGUCACGUGAUUACCAAAUUUUCUCGGAUGGGUAGAUUACCACAUUUCCUUAGCUAUGGGGCUCUGCCCACGCGCGUCGAGCUCCGCUAAGAAUCGCGACAAACACCAACUAAAGGUAUUCAGUGGGAUCAACAAGUGUCUCCUGAUACAGGCUAUAGCACAGGGUUAACCAACUCCACGCGAAAAUCGUGAGCCCCGUACUUGCUGUCCAUUAAUUUGCUGCGAUUGCUUCUUGCUUCUCCUACAAAUGAUAUUCAGUGUGAGUCACACCUCCUCUCCGGGGGUGGUAACACGCCAGUGUGCUACGUUUCUGUGUACUGUGUGCUUUAUUGCUGUCUGGUUCGCUCAAUUGGAUAAGCGCCGUUCCGCCAAGGAGGAGGCCCCUUUUAAUAACUGAGAAGGAAGUGCUGCCUCAGGGUUUUCAGUCUUGAAAAGUCCUUGAAUUUUAGGGGAAGUCAUUGAAAAGUCCUUUAAUUUUCUUCAACUCUGAAUGUAGUGGCCUGGAAAAUGUUUUUUGAUUUUUUUUGGUUGUCCAAGAUAGAAUAUAAAUCAUAGCUUAGAGAAUUUAGAGGUUAUUUACAUAAAGUGCUCUAUGUUUUAUGCAAUAAUUAACUAUCAAUUUAAGACAAGUGAACUGAAAAAUGUAGAGAAGUUGGUGAAACAAACAGUUCAAGCCUUAAAGUCUUAUUAGAAUAGAAUGGGAAUGUGCAUUUUUGUACAAUCUGUGAAAUUAUAUUCCUAGUAGGUGGUCCUUGAAAAUCUAAAGGCAUGGCGCAUGCUAGUCGCUUACGAUAGUCGUAAGCAAAAAUCGUUUCGUUUAAAUCGGCCUCAAUGUGGUCCUUGAAAAGUUGCCGUUGUAAAGACAUCUGCAAACGGUUAGACUCUCUAGUCUACUCGGAUAAGGACGAUAAACCGUAGGCCCCGUCACGCAACCCUUGCGCGUAUAAAUUCUGUGGCACGUUAAAGAGCCCACUCACUGUUCGUUGGGAGUAGGAAACGUAGUCCACGGUGUGGUGGUCUCUCUCUUUCAUGAGGGAAGCGACUGUUAUGGGCCCGCAGUAAUUGGCGCCAAGCGCUCUUGCGUUGACCCUACCAAGAGUUGGCGAACCUAAGUAAAUAAGUUCUCCUUUUCAGACAAUGUAGGUACGGUGCGUUCCUCGAGACCAUCGAUUGAUAAAACCUCGUUUUGCUAUUCUAUACGAAUGACUUCAGGUUGAACUCCGCUGUUCUCUGGCAAAAUCGUACUUAUCACGUGAUGACAAUGUCAGCGAUUCCGAGCAAGGCCUGGUGAUUAGCGGGCUGUAUUUAGAGGGUGCGUCUAUGGAUCUGGAUAAAGAGUACCUUGUGGAACCAACGUGACUAAAAUCAGCUAAUUACAGUCAAGCCAGGUCAAGCGUACCUCCCCCCCUCAAGAUUUUAUUAAUAAAUGUAUUGUUCAAAAGUUGAAUCUCCUCAUUGGUAGUUGUGGAUUUCAGAUUCAUCUUUGCUUUGGUAGUUGUACAUUUCAGAGUCAUCUCUGCAUUAGUAGUCGUACAUUUCAGAUUUAUCUCUGCAUUCAUGCAUGCGCAGUGAACAUGAACUUCACACGCGAGACAGUCAUGAAAUUUCUACCGGCUCAAUUUUCUUAAAUUUGAUGUAAAUGUCUUCAAAUAAGUUUUAUCAAUAUACCAUUUUCGAUAUAUUAAAUCAUACUUGGCUCCGAGGCUUGGGGGAAUAAAACAAAAGAACUCAUCUUGAGGCUCAGCAAUGAAUCAUACAUUUCUUUUGUUUCUUUCCGCCAAGCGUCGGAGCCAAGUAUGAAUUUUAAUAUCUCGAAAACGGUCUAUUCAAAAAGUUUUCAAUCUGGCCGAAUACAGCCUAAGAGUAUCGUAAAAAAUUCACUUCUGAUUGCAUACGCAGGAAUGCAGAUUUGAAUUCAUACUGGUUGUGGCAACGAGUGUUUCAGUUUUCAAAUAAUCGAUUCAUUUAGCGGGGGUACGCUUGACCUGGCCUGACUGUGAGUCUCUUACAAGUUUGAUUACGAGAUGGCGUUUGUCUGUUAUCAGAAUAUAAGGGAGCUAAAGCAAUGACAUUUUUGAGCGACGUACGUCAACCGGAAGUGAGGGCAUUUUCCUUCCGCCUCAAAACGCAAAAAGUCUACUUCCGGUUGACGUGCUUCGCUUUGAGCUCCCUAUGUUCGAAUCUUCCUCGUAGGUCGUCAAAAAAUGAGGCAAGCGAUUAGUUCACUCUAAGCUUUUGUCGUUGGUCAGACUAUAGUUCUUUCGGACCAAUCAAGGUUUCCGGGUAAUUGACCACCUACCCCACCCCUAAGACAACAUUAACACCUACUUCUGACUUAGGGCAAAAUUGUGACUUAGGGGAGGGGUAGGUGGAAUUGACUCGUUCUUAAUUUUUUCUCUUUUAAAUUAGGUCGGCCAUAUCACAGUUACCAGACCUUUUUGUGUCUGCCGUCAUCCCUGAAGAGGAGGAGCCUAGGCCCGAGGACAGGAAUGAGGCAGACGAUUUGGAAGUUUACCGCUGUCCUGUAUUUAUGAAUAGAGUGAGAUUUGAUGUUUUCCUCUAGUUGGUCGUGUACGAGGAUGGGGGCCCUGUUUUCGUUUUUACCUUCUAGUUCUGCGAUUGGUUUCCAAGGCUCUACACGGGGAUAUAAAAUGCGGUAAAACUUUCCCAUUCCUGAUAUAGAUGUCUCAUCUCUUUCUGCUUCGCCAAAUCAGGUUAUUUUGAAUGUGUGUGCUUUAAAAAAGUAGCACAUCUUGUAAAAAUGUUAAGAAAACUAGCUGACGUGAACACAUCCUUCGCUUUGAUAGUGAUGGAGUACUCAGUUAAACUAUAGAGUGUUACGGUGACGGUAGACCGGUUAGGGGUACCAAUGUCCCAGAGGAACAUCCCCACAAACAUUUUCUUGAAGUGUCCCUAGUGGCUCUAGCUGUCCUGAUAUCUAGGCUUAAGGCUCCAAAGCGCUGUUUUGAGCUUGAUAGAAGCUGGAUUUUGUUUUUACUUCUUUUUCUACUAAAUGCGCUUCCCUUUUAAUGUUGUUGGUGUACAAGGAAAAAAGUGAUAUGAAGGGCGUCAGUAAGGGCCUCUUGGUUUAAGAUUCUUCUAACUGGAGAUCUGCCGGCCUUUCCCACCGUGGUUUUAAGAGAACUUUGCUGGGGAGUUAUUCCUUUACUGCUGUGUAUAUCCGGUUAGUAGUGGCUCUAAUUGUUUGUGUCUGGUUUAUUAUGUCGUGUGGUUCGAACUGGUGUAGGUGGACGCAGUUUCUUCAGUGUCAAGCUUAACAGUUGGUGAUUGUCAAGUAUGUAAUUAGAACCGAAUCAAAUCGUAUUUAUGAUAUUUUCUUGGUCAUUUCACAGGCUCGACAGUUUUGUUCGUUCACUUUACCGAUGAAAUGUUCCAAGACCGCGGAGCACUGGGUUCUAGCUGGUGUUGCCAUAGUUUUGGAUAUAAGAGACGCGUCCAACUCUUGGAAGCUGGUACCGAGCAAUUUUAAGCAGUGACGUCUAGGCCUUUUAUCUACCCUCUUUGAAACAUUUCUCAAAUUUCUCUGAAGAGGAAUUUAUCAGCGUUUGAUUUUAAAAUAUUUGUGUACAAAAUCGAAACUCUCUGAUGAGUUGUUUAUAGUUCCAUUUAAAAAUUUUUGUUUGUCGCCCUUCACUUUAUUGAACGCUCAUGGAGCCAGUCGCCAUAAGACCCAAUGUCUGACGUAACUACUGUUGUCUGGCGUUAAAAAC